UGAAAAACGUUAAAGAGGCGAUUCAGUUAAAACCAAAUAGCAAACAUCUACAGAAAAAGAUUGAGUUAUCGUCUGGCAAAAAACGCAUAUUAAAAGAUAUUGCUAACCUUCGUCAAUAUUCUAAAGUUUCAUUUUCUGAUAAUGAAAUAUAUGACAUUGCAGAAUUUCUCAAACAACGAAAAGGAUCUGUGGUUGAAGUUCUUGUUGAUUCUGAUAAAAAGUUCAAGAGGCUUUUUUUUCAGGACUCACAAAUGCAGAAGAUGUACGAAAGGUACCCAGAGAUACUUUUUGUAGAUGCUACGUACCAGCUACUGGGGUUACGCAUGCCUAUUUAUUUAAUGAUUGUAAUAGAUGGAGAUGGCCAAAGUGAGAUUGUAGCUUUGUUUAUAAUAGCCGAGGAAACAAAACCAAUUGUUACAGAGGUGGUGCUAAUUUUUAAAAAACACAACGGCUUUUGGAAAUAUACACGUGUAGUGAUGUCGGAUAAAGACUUUACAGAAAGAGAAGCUUUUGCUGUAGCCUUUCCUGCCGCUAUGUUAUUAAUUUGUUUGUUUCAUUGUUUACGCUCCUUUCGAAGAGAAAUUACUUGCGAGAAAAUGGGUAUCAUUUCAGCCGAUAGAAAUCGUUGCCUUGAAAUAUUUCAAAAAAUAUUCUAAAUCAAGUAUUGUGUACGAGCAGAAUAAACAAAUGCUUUUAGAUACAAAACUAACUGCAGUGACAGAAUAUUUUGUUAAAAAUUGGGAUCCUAUCAAACACCAAUGGGUCACAGCUUAUAAAGAUCUAUAUUUCAACCUUGGAGAAACUACUAACAAUCGUCUGAAAUCGAUGUUCAACAAAUUAAAAUCGGUUUGUACAAAGCAUACGAGUAUGAUGCAAUUUUUUAUAGAAUUUUUUAUAUUUCUUGGCGCAAUCAGGAAUGACAGAAAUCACCACCACCUUAUGUCUUUGACAAGACACGAAAUAGCUAUACCAAGUCAUCCUGAUAUGAUCUUAUACAGGGAACAUUUAACGCCUUAUGCUUUUUCUUUUGUUAUUUCACAAUUUGAAAAAAUUAAAAAUGAUUCAUCUUUUAAUUUUGAAAAAAGUGACGAAAUUGGAAACUAUAACAUAAAACAUUCUAAGUUUUUGAUUGCGUCAAAAGAGUUUUGCAAUUGCAGAUUCAUGUCUAAAAUGGAAUUACCAUGUUACCAUUUAUUCCAACUGCGCAAGUUUUUGAUGCUACCUAUGUUUGAUGUACAGUUAGUAAAUCGAAGAUGGACUAAGGAAUAUUAUAAUCAAUCUCUUCGAGCAAGAAACGAUACCAAUAUAACUUCAAGUGUUGAAAUUGUUUCGGAAGUUGAUGUAAAACCGGUUAAAACUUUAACACAAGCACAAAAAUAUCGAAACUUAUUGAAAACUUGUCAGCUAUUAGCUUCUGUUGGAAGCGAGGGUGGUAUGGUAAUUUUCAAAAAAAGACAAGCGCAACUGGAGGUUAUAUUACGACAAUGGCAAAAAGGAGAAGAAGUGACGCUGGUGACAAAUGAUAAUAUUAUAGAAGUUGAUAACGUUGACUUGAUGGAAUUUGAUUGUCACGUCACUAUAACAGGCAUUGAGAAGAUCAAAUCAAGCCCUAUCAGUACAAAUAAACAUAUUGAUUCUAUUGAGACUUUCCCCCUUCUUUCUGAAAAGGAUGUUCCUCAAAAUCCCGCAAAGUUAGAUCUCAAAGAAGUAUUAAUGCCGCCAAAAAUGAAAAACAAAGGCCGGCCGAAAAGGGCUAAUACAACAGUUAUUGGUGUCCCUAAAAAAAAGAAUUAUCUGAAACCAAUACCAUACAUAAAGCUAUUACCUAAAGAUAAAGACAGAUUUAUUUUAACCCGCAUAGUACAGGUUCCAGCUGUUGAAUUAGCAUUGAGUGGGGGGAAACUAAUUUGUUCGUCAGACAUCAAAAAAUCAGUUUUUUUGCCAGAUUCUCUUCGUGAUGAGAAAUCUUUGGAUAUAGAGAGGGUAGAAAUGUUCUUUAAACCUGCAGCGUGGAAAGUUGUCAAAUCUGCAAUUAUUAGCAAAAAAAAGCAACAAUGGAUUUGUUCGAUUUGUAGGAACAUAUUAAAAGAUGAAGAAGAAAGUAUUAGUUGCGAUUGCAGCUUGUUGUGGAGUCAAUUAAAAUGCUCUACGCUGCGAAAAACACCUAAAACAAAAUAUUGGUUUUGUAAUAGUUGUAGGUUAGAAUCAACAUGUUGAUGGGGAAUAGUUUAAUACUUAACAAUAUUACCCGCCCUUUACUUUUGCAUAUUUUGUCAACCCGAUACUUUUUAUAUAACAAAGAAGAUCAAAGUUACGACCAAUUAAAAAAUGUUAAAGUUACUACCUGUAAAAGCUUUACCUAAAGGUAAAAGUUACUGC